AUGGCGCGGACAUACGAGGCGGCGCUCGCGCACCUUGACUCCAUCCAGUCAAACCGCGCCGUCACAUCCCUGUUCACCCCUCCCGUCUCCGCAUCAUCUCCCGCCCCCUCCGCCAAGGACCUCAAUGCCCUUGCCAUCCCCGAGAUGCUUUCCUGGCUAGGCCGGGCGGGGCUAACACAGGACGAUCUCGCCCGGCUCCGCUGCGUCCACGUCGCCGGGACUAAAGGAAAAGGCUCUGUGUGCGCGUACCUAACCUCCAUCCUGACGCGGGAGCCUCUCGCUGGUAGGGUUGGCACGUACACGUCGCCGCACCUGGUCUCUGUGCGUGAGCGCAUCCAGCUUGAUGGGCGGCCGAUUAGUCGGGAGUUGUUUGCGAGGUAUUUCUUCGAGGUGUGGGAUGCGCUUACUAAUACCGCGCGGGAUGAGGCAGUGCACUCGGGGAAGGAUAUCUCGAUUGCAGAGCUCGAGGGUCCGGCUACAAAGCCUUUCUAUUUCCGGUUCUUAACAAUUCUAGCCUUUCAUGCGUUCUUGCGGGAGGGAGUUAAGAGCGCAGUAGUGGAGUGCGGCAUUGGUGGCGAGUACGACUCUACGAACGUGUUGCCGGCUGAGGCCGUGACCGCUUCGGUGAUUUCGCAGCUGGGCAUCGAUCACGUGGGUAUGCUCGGUGGCACACUACCGGAGAUUGCGUGGAACAAAGCGGGCGUGAUGAAGCCAGGACGGAAAUGCUUCACUCGGAAACUGCUGUCCGGAGAGGGCGAAGAGACUAUGCGUGUGUUACGCGAACGAGCUACGGAGAAGAGCGCCACGUUAGUGGGUGUAGAAGACCAAGAAGUUGAGAAAUGGGGAGGUAUCCGAGGAGCUGAAGCAAGUAGCCUUGAAGGCGAGUUCCAGAAGUACAACCAGGCGUUAGCAGCGAAGGCUGCAGCCGAGCAUCUAAGGGUUCUGGAUGGAAACCCAGAUACCUCACCAGAGGAGAAGUUGACAGCUCUAACUGAACGCUUCUCCGAUGGUUUACGGUUAGCAAGACUCCAAGGACGUUCUGAAACAAGAGAAUACGGUGACUUCACAUGGCUUAUCGACGGAGCACACACCGCUGAAAGCCUGGAGGAAGUAGCCAAGUGGUUUUCGGGGAAACGCAAAGCUUUAGCUGGUGACGCGAAAGUGGUCUUGCUAUUCAACCAGCAAGAACGCGAUGUAGCAAGUCUUCUAAACAGUCUGCACAGGGGAAUUGAAAAAGAGUCAGGGGUUCCCGAGGGCACUAUCUUCGACUACGCCAUAUUCACUCGGAACGAUCUACAACGUAGAACAGCCGAGGAGUCCGAGCGGGACUUAGCUGUCCAGCAAGCUGCCGCAGAUGCCAUGGAGAAGCUGUCUCCACGGACGGAGACUGCUGUCGUAGAAAGCGUUGAUGAAGCAGUCGGGAAGAUAAAAGCUACAGAACUUUGUGACGGCCUCAAAGUCGUUGUUCUGGCUACCGGGAGCUUCCAUCUUGUGGGCGCCUUGCUUAGGACAUUAGAACCAGAUUUAGAGUUAUGA